AUGAUUGUGCACAAUGUGAAAGAAGGCGAAUACAUCGAAGACCAGGAAUGCACAGAACGGCUGAAGAGGCUACUGGAGCAGAAGGACUCUGUUCAAAAGCACAUGGCAAUUGUGCAGAUCAGUACGGACGACUACAUGUCGUGGAACAUUCUCAAGCAGCACCUUAUGGCACACCGCAAUGAAUUCAGCACACAGCUUUCGGUAUGUGAAAAUGCACUGAGGAGCAAUCCAAAGUCGUACCAGGCAUGGAAUCACAGGAGAUUUAUGAUGCUGGAAUUUGAGGAAGAGGCGCAGAAGUAUGCAAGAGAAGAAGAUGCACUUACUGCACGCCUGCUAAAUUUUGAUCCAAGAAACUUCCACUGCUGGAACUACAGGAUGCAGGUGAUUGGCAAUAAGACAGCAAGGGAUCUGUUUAACUAUUCGUAUCUGCAUCACAACAUGGAUGAAGAUCCUAUCUCCAUUGUGUACACAGAUCCUUUGAGUCCUGUAGGAUGGGAGUAUCUUUAUGUGCAUCGUGAGGCAAGGAGGAUGAAGAGUGGGAUGUAUAUCAGGAUUGGCGAAGGGUGUAUGGAGGUUGUGUUUGAGAAGCCUUUUGUGGGUGAGCUGGUAAUUGAGGUUGAGGCAAUGGAUGAGCAGCUUGUAUGCAGGUCGGAAGUGCCAACCAUGUGCCUGAAAAGAAGGAUCUGUCUCUGUCGUGCACCCAGUAGGCUUACGCUGACGGUUGAAGGAGUGGAGAAGAGGUUUGAGCGAGAGGAGGAUGAUCUUGCGCUUCCAAACGCUAUACUGAGGCUUGAGAGCGAGUGCAUUGGUGCGUUGCAGUGCAUCGUAGACUGCUCGAAAGAUGCAAAAGAGAGGAAGAAGGCUGUGGAAGAGCUGGUAAGGAUUGAUCCAAUCAGAAGAAAGUACUACAGCUCGCUGAAUCAUGAGCAUUUCGAUGUUUAUGUUGCUGCUCAAUAG